AUGUUCUCCGACUCGAUUUGCGUUGGCGAGCUUCUUGGCGAGAAGAUCCAGGUCAAACAUGCAGACGAGGAGGGUUUCAACCAGACCUACACGCGUAUGUGUGUGGAGGAGUUUCGUUCGACGCAUGAGCUGCAGCAAAAGAUGGCGAACUGUGGCCAAUGGGUGUAUGUUGGUGAGUCGCCUUUCAACGACCAACUGGGGAAGCCGUACAUCUGGUCACAGCACGGCGAGUGGAAGAUCGCGCUGGUCGGGGAGUCUUCCUCUCGAUAUUCUUGCUGUCAACUGCCGCUUUGCUUUCAAAGCGGAGAGCCAGAACCUCGCCCCUGGAAGCGGCACCGAACGCAAGGGGAGGCUUCCGUGGUGGUGCAACCCUUGGACGCCCCGAGACCCCCGUUGCGGACGCUGGAACCAGUUCCAGACUUGGACGCGGGCGCCUUGCAGCAGCUCUACGAGAAAGGAUACGUGGUGGUUAAGGCAGACCGCGGCAUGUCGGACGUGAUCAACGACGCAGUUCGCUUGUCCAACAUCUUGAUUUACCGCUUGGCCGAUACUGCGCUGGGCGCAGCCGGGAACUCUGCCAACUGGGACAUGCCACUCCUGAGAUCCGAGGAAGGCACGACAAACAUCCUGGUGCGGCUAGACAAAGCCCCUGCUCUCUUAAAGCUGCUUGCGCGGGUGGCGCCCUUGGCAGAGCAACUGUUCCAGGAGCCAGCAGAAGUACCCAAAGUCUGCCAAUUGGCCAUCGUGGCUCCCGAGGGCGACACCACGGACACGACGUGGAAGGACAUGGUUGACAAAAAUGCCAGAUACCACAUCGACGGCCGAGGAAAGCUUCCCAAUGGCUUUGGGCUGCUGAUGGGGAUUGCCUUGUCCGAGAAGCCUGACGGUGCCGCCAGUUGGGGUGCGUUUGCGUGCCAUCCAGGAUCGCAUCGCAACUCCGCGCUGCAGAAGCAGUACAAGAGCCAGCUCAAAGGCAAGAUUUCAGCUAUGGACCUGGGCCAUGCAACGCCAGUGGUGCUGAGACCUGGUGACAUCCUGAUUGCGCAUCCUCUGCUCGCGCACAGACGAACCCAGAACUGGAGUGCCUACCCGCGUAUGCAGGUAUACUUCAGGCUGAGGCCAAGAUCGGCGGCCAUGGGCAACGGGAGUUGGCAAGCAAACGUCCUGGAGGACCCUUUCUCUAUAUGGCCGGGCUUGAGGCAUGGGGUGGCGUCGAGCUCACAUCAGCCAGAGGCUGGCGAGUCGCCUCCAGCGGUCGUCCCAGCUGGGCAACCAGCAGGAGCGCGCGGUUCUUGA